AUGCAACUGAGGGCCAAACCUAAAGGUUUUUUUCCAAUUUGUCAUUCACUUACCCACUAUCUUUCUGUGCAUCUAUCUAUCUAUCUAUCUAUCUAUCUAUCUAUUCUUAAUCUAUUUAUCUAUCUAUCGAUAGCAAUAUGCCCAUCGCUCUCUCUUUUCUCUUUCUCUCUCUCUUUUUUUCGCUAUCUCUCUCUCUAUAUAUAUAUUAUAUAUCUAUCGAUAUCAAUGUUUUCUCUCUCUCUCUCUCUCUCUUUCUCUCUCUCUCUCUCUCUUCAUAUAUCCAUACAUAGCUACUUAUAUCUACCUUCUGUUAAUAUCUAUUUAUCUAUGUAUGUCAUUUUGUUUCUUUCUAUCUACCUGUCUCAGUCUGUUCAUAUAUAUCUAAUUCAUUUUGCUAAUAUCUAUCUAUCUAUCUCUCUAUCUAUCUAUCUAUCUGUCUGUCUGUCUGUCUGUCUGUCUUUUUAUUUCCUUUUUUCUUUUACACUAUGUUCAUUGUCUAUCUAUCUAUCUAUCUAUCUAUCUAUCUAUCUAUCUAUCUAUCUAUCUAUCUAUCUAUCUAUCUAUUCUGCUCAUAUCUAUCUAUCUAUCUAUCUAUCUAUCUAUCUAUCUAUCUAUCUAUUCUAUUCUAUUCUAUUCUAUUCUGCUCAUAACUAUCUAUCUAUUCUAUUCUAUUCUGCUCAUAUCUAUCUAUCUAUCUAUCCAUCUAUCUAUCUAUUCUAUUCUAUUCUGCUCAUAUCUAUCUAUCUAUCUAUCUAUCUAUCUAUCUAUCUAUCUAUCUAUCUAUCUAUCUAUCUAUCUAUUUCAGUUUCUAUAUUUUUUCCUCUAUCUCUACUUAACUUUAUUCUCUCUCCUCUCUUUCUCUCUCUUUUCUCUUUCCUUCCCUUUGCUGUUUUUUUUUUCCAGACUCUUUCCCAUUUUUUUUUUACGCUUUUCUCUCUCAUUCUAUCUGGCUCUCUCUCAACUUUUUCUUUUCUCUCCCCUUCCCCCAGCUUUCUCUCUAUCUCUACUUCACUCUUUCCUAUCUUCUUUUUUCCAGACUCUCUCUCUCUCACUUUUUUCUUUCUUCUUUCCCCAGCUUUUUCUUUACCUUUACUUCACUCUUUUCUAUCUCCUUCUCAAUGGCUUUCUCUCUUUUCUCUCUCCUUCCAACAAUUUUUCCCUAACACUGACUCACACGCUCUCUCUCUUUCUCUUUCUCUCUCUCUCUCACUCGCUCAAACACUCUUACCUCUCUCCUUCCCCCAAGUUUGUUUCUAUCUCUACUCACUCUUUUCUCUCUCCUUCUCCCUGACUGACUCACACACUCUCUCUGUCUCUCUCUCUCUCGCUCAAACACUCUUACCUCUCUCCUUCCCCCAAGUUUGUUUCUAUCUCUAUCACACUCUUUUCUCUCUCCUUCUCUCUGGCUAUCUAUCUCACUCUUUUUCUCUUUUCUUCUCUCUGACUUUCUCUCUCCAUCCAACAGAUUUUUUCUUUUCUCUAUCCUUUCCCCAUUCUACUUCACUCUUUUCUCUCUCCUUCUCCAUGGCUCACUUUCUUUUUCUCUCUCCUAACUCCAGCUUUUUCUCUUUCUCUACUUCAAGCUUUUCUCUCUCCUUCUCCCUGAUUCUCUCUCUUUUCUCUCUCCUUCUCCCUGAUUCUCUCUCUUUUCUCUCUCCUUCUCCCUGA